AUGUCAACCGCGAAGGCCAGUAAUUUGAUUGAACAAAUUCGAGAUAUCAAACGACGUCUUUCCGAAGCGACGGCUGAACUUAGUCCUACUGCCCGUCCGUUAGCAACGCGGGAUGUUUUGACUGCGGUGAGUUUGGGUCGGUACGAAGCAGCUCAACAUUUAGCAUCUUCAGCCCGAUCAGUUCCAAGUAAAGGCGAAGAAUGCGCCUACAGUCGAUGUCACUGCUGUGGUGGAGUCCUCGGCUUCUUAGCCUAUCUUAUUUCGACGAAUUCCUCUUUCGAACAACCCCGAUGGCGUGAACUAAGGAAGAUAUUACGCGAUCAGCGUCCUGUUGAACCCAACUUUUGCUGUCCCGAUGUUGAAAAUGCACUGAAGGAACUAGUUUCAGUUUCUUGCACAUUGGCGGUUUCAACAGUUCCUUUAGACGAGAUGCAGGAAAUGGAGCGACGUUUGCAAGUUGUCGAUGCGGAAGUGGUGAAUUUGCAGAAUCAAAUGAGAAAUCUGCAGAAGCUACUGGAUGAUGUCCAUAGUGAGUCAAAUUGGCGUCAGAGUGCUAUCUCGGAGGAGUUAAAUGCAAACAGUACAAAAACUUCAUCAAUUGUCGCAUGGUUAGAUCUGGCGACCUCAAGUCCCAUCUCUGACACUGAGUCAGAAUUCAAGCGUCCCACUAACAACUCAUCCAGGCAGGCUAACGAACAAGAGCUGGAUUUGAGAGCGAAGAUUAUUGCCCUUAUUGCAGACAAGGAGGCAGAAUUAAGUGAACUACGACGCGGUGCUGUUAAGUGGGCUUCGAAGCACACGCUCAUUCUCAAUAAACAAGCGGAAAUCAAGGAGUUGAAUGGUGUUCUUUCCAAUGAACUUGCGCAGGUUUCCAAAAAUGAUGCUGUAACUGGUCCGCCUAAACUUCCGAUUCCCAGCAUUGGAGAUCUACUUGAUCAUAUUCGGUCUAUUCGUAAUGAUCUAGCGGUCCUUAUUCAUGCUUUCGAACAAUCGGAUGCUCAACAAGUCCUACCUAUCUUAGUAUCUCUUUCAGACACACUAACGAAAGCAUUUGCUCUUAUUCGGCCUUUUGCCGGGACAACUGAAAAAUCAACUAUUUCCACUAAUCUCGAUGAUGCAUCUGAGAAAACGGCAGCACAUAUAGAUUACCCACGCUACCAGCAGCUAGAAGUUGGCGGUACAGACUAUGGUCAGAAAGAACCCCUAAUGGUACGGGUAAGACAGCCAAUGAGAACCUCAAGAUCAGGAAACAUCGCAGUGGAAGGGAACGAAGACCUUCAAGUAAUUGAUGAAUUUCUUCCCGCAUCCCUUCCUUCAUCAAUGCCUUGCAACGCUUCCCCAACACAGGUUUUGGAUAACCAGGAUCAAAAUAUUGGCCACUGGAGUGGUGAAUUUAGGGAUAGAAAUGCAGAGAUUGAAUACCUGAGGCUAGUCGUGGCUUCUUUGAAGCAAGAGGCGAUUAAUAACAAAGAAGCCCUUCAACUUCUAUGCGAAUCUAGACUUGCCUUAUUAGAACGAGUAGGUUCAUUGACUGGUGGUGAUGAGUGUAAGGAUGGCUUCACCGAUUUCGUGUCGAAGCUCCGUCAGCUAAAUAUUCCUGAUGACCACUUGAAGACUUUGAAAGAGUGUGAUGAUCUUCUUACCCAACGUCUAAUGGACUGGUCACGCAAGUGUCAAGAGGAUGGCAAAGCAGCUCUAAAACAGAAAGAAGUAGAAAUGAAACACUUGUUAUCUAGACUUCAGGAAGAAGAAGCCCUACUAAAGAGCCAUGUGGAUGAGGGCAACGAAUUACGUGCUCAAGUGAAUCUGCUCCAACAUCCCUUCAUCUCCAAAUCUCACAGUCCUCAGGAUGAAUCGACAGAAUCAAUACCACUUCUCCAUACAUUUGAGGAGUCGAUUCAACUUCCUCAAGCGGCCCCACCCACGAGAAUGUCAUCCACCGAUUUGAAUGAAUUUGGACCAUUCAAAAGUGUUGUCGGAGAACUGAUACAGACUUCUCAUGAAGGUCUCCUUCAGUCAAAAAUAGAUGAUCAGGUUGCCAUGAUUUCCCUACUUGAAGCUCGUCUUUGUGCACAAAAUGAGGAGUUCAGAGCAAAACAGGCAGAGGCUAAUGAAAAAGCUAGCCAAUUUAACACUAUUCAACGCGCAUACGAAACCGACAUUCAACAACUUAAGACUGUGCUUCGGCAGAAGACUGACGAGGUCUCUCAGUUUCAAAAAAUGCUUUCUCUAUCGGAGCAGAAAAUUUUGGAUUUAACUGAUCAAAUAAAAGAACUGAAGGGCGACAGUGAGCUUUUGAAAGCGGAGCUAAAGAUUGCACAGGAAGAGUCGGUGAUGAGAAGUCUUGACAUUGAGAAUCUUCAGGGUGCAUUGAAUGAGAAAGCUGAUAAAUUGAGCGACACUCGGGAGAUUGUGGCUGGCCAUGAGGCACAAAUGCGAAAUUUGCGUUUUGUGCUUAAUAACAAAGAUGCUGACUUAAGAGAUAGGGAUCGGCAAAUCGAAGCACUCUUAAAUAAGAUGGCACUAAGAGAGAUGGAGUCUGAGGAGAUCAAAAAAGACUUUGCCCAGCUAAAUGCCACAUUUGAAAAUCUUUGGAAGAGCACAUUGUUGAUAGACGACUCUGUUGAGGGCGGUGAAAGACUACCAACCGUUAGAAAUGAGCAAAUGCAUGUGCUCAAAUCUUCUGCAGCAGUUGAUCAAUUCCUUGCCCUUUUGCUGUCCAAGGAGCCCGAAACAGUCGUUUUUGAUGUGCAAAAAAGUGUUAAAGCAUAUAAGUCUUUCCGCGAGAAUGUAAGGAAAGAAAGACACGAGGUGAAUGUGCUCUCAACUGUUGUUGGAGUCGGUCCCGAGCUACCUUGGAAUCCUUGUUGCGUGACUGCUGUUUCCGCUAUUGCAGCUACCAAAGGCGAUGCCAAGAUAUUCAAUUUACUCAGAGAUCUGGCGUAUUCGGAAUCAUGUCGGGUUCGCUUGGCAAACCUUUUGUCAAAUGUGGAAUCCCAAAGAGAUCAAUUACAAAGUAUGUUGUCAGCCUUGCAAGCUGAGGUUGAAACUAAUCACAUUCAAUUAGCUGAAAGGAAUCGGCAGCUAAUUCUCUUA